AUGGAUGUCGAAGCCGCAGCCGCUCCCCCGAAGAAGCCGCCGGUCCUAUUCGCGCAGAAACCGAACUUCCGGCCGCUCUCGGCCCACGAAAUCUCCGACGGACAGAUCCAAUUCCGCAAAAUCUCCGUCCCGCCGCACCGCUACACUCCGCUGAAAAAGGCGUGGCUCGAAAUCUACACACCGAUCUACGACGAGAUGAAAAUCGACAUCCGGAUGAAUCUGAAGGCGCGCAGGGUCGAGCUGAAGACCCGGCACGACACCCCCGACGUGAGCAACCUCCAGAAGUGCGCCGACUUCGUCCACGCCUUCAUGCUCGGGUUCGACGUGAUCGACGCGGUGGCGCUGCUUCGGAUGGAUGAGCUGUACGUGGAGUCGUUCGAGAUCAAGGAUGUGAAGACGCUGAAGGGGGAGCACCUGUCCCGAGCGAUCGGGCGGCUGAGUGGGAAAGGGGGAAAGACGAAAUUCGCAAUUGAGAAUUCAACUAGGACGAGGAUUGUGAUUGCGGAUUCGAAGAUUCAUAUGCUUGGGUCGUUUGCUAACAUUAAGGUCGCGAGGGACUCGCUGUGUAGUCUGAUUUUGGGGUCCCCUGCUGCUAAAGUUUAUUCUAAGCUGAGAGCAGUCACAGCUCGCCUCGCUGAAAGGUUUUGAUUA